CGUGUUUGUGCGAUACGGAAGGAGACUAGACGACACAGUGAAAGGUACCAUUAUCAUUCAGAAUGACCACCGGGAACGGGAAGGACGAUUUCGUCCCUUACUCUCCCCUUCCCUCAAACCCUAAUCCCAUCCCUUACAAUUACCAUUCUUACCCUUCUUAUUCCCCACCUCAAAACGUCGUCGUUCUUCUCCCCCGCUACCACCCCGACACCACCUCCCGCCGCCGCCGCCGCUGCCUCUGCUACUCCGCCUUAUUCUUCCUCUUCAUCAUUCUCGCUGUCGCCGUCUUCUUCAUCUACCCCUCCGACCCGGACAUCCGCCUCGCUCGGAUCCGCCUCAACCGGAUCGGCAUCCGAGCUGACCCGAUACCGGUUCUCGACGUGUCCUUCUCCGUCACCGUUAAGGUUCGUAACAAGGACUUCUUCUCUGUAACUUAUGACCGCGUCUUUGUUUCCAUUGGGUACCGCGGCCGCCAGCUCGGGGUGGUGGAAGCCGCCGGAGGCAAGAUCAAGGCGCGCGCCUCGUCCUACGUGGACGCCACGCUGGUCAUUGAUGGGUUCGAGGUGAUCUACGACGCUUUCUACUUGCUUGAGGAUCUUGCUAAGGGUGUUAUCCCCUUCGAUACACAAACGCGCGUGGAAGGGAAGCUAGGGUUGUUCUUCUUCGAUGUUCCGUUGAAGGCAACUGUGUCAUGUGAAGUGUAUGUGAAUGUGAAAAACCAGACAGUUGCUCGUCAAGACUGCUAUCCUGAGUCACUGGGUGAUAAGCUGGAUCAAAGCACAAAUGUUGGAGCUGAAGAUGCAUGACUCCGUAGCAAUCUUUAGCAUGCUCUGUUCAUAUCACGGUGGUGUGUUCUGUUCCUUGCAUUAAUUUUACCAGGAUGUAUAAUUUUGAAUAUGAUUGACACAUGACACACACCCUUGUAAAUUCUGAUUGACCAAAAAUUACUUUGUUAUGUACGUAUGAGGUAGAUGAGAUAGGAGCUUUGUUAGUCCAGUGAUUGAGAAAUAAAUUAAUUGGUUUUCCUGAUAAAACUACGAAAGAAUGUGUUUUCAGCAAUCAUGAAACUAAAUCAAUUGAUAUCAUGCUUGGUUUAGUUAACUUAGAAUCUCUAGUAAAAGAGAAAUAGAUUAAAAGAAAUCGAACCUCCUGGCUUUUGCGGGUACUAUUAACUACCAUAGUGAUUAGUGAGAAUACAAAGAUAAACAUGUGACGCAACCCCCUGAAGGAAAAAAAGGGUUCUACUGGACACAUAUAUUGAUCUUCCAUUUUGUUCUAUCUAUUAUUUUAAUAAAAUGUGGACAUAUCAAAGUCAAGGAUUCAGAUCCUUUGAUUGAUCUUGAGCAAGCCCAACUGCCCAAGUUAAUGUUAAGAGAGAGAGAUAGACACAUCAUACAUGUAUUAUGAAUGCGUAUAGUCCUCUUCGAAUUUGUAGGGUCCAAUUUAGGCAUUUGUGUUUAUCUUUUUCCUAACAUAAUAUAGUUUAAAACUAACAUGGGAGAUGAUUCUAGCCCCAAAAUCAAAGGAAGGUCAUUGUAGUGACAUGUAGAAUGUUCGGAGCUUUGAAAUGUCAGAGGUUAUAGCACAUUACAAGCAAAUUGAAUUGUGCACUUCACUUUCAAUUCGAUGGUGGUAUAUCUUCUUCAUGUGUGGUUGAUAAGUUGCUAUCUAGAAUCCAAUUUCUGGUUGCUGUCUACUUUAACAAAUAUUCUGUGUUCAUUAAUGGGUUAUGAGCACUGGCAAAAAGAACAAAAGGUGUGAUUUCUAGGUGGUGGAAAACAUGCCAUUUAAUUAAUGGGAAAAUAAACUUAUUACUUUAAGUGCAGAUUUAUGUUAUAAACUUAUAAUUUAAAGAUUAGGUUCUUUUGAUAUAUUUCUUAUGGCAACUAUUAUACUUACAAAAAUCUUUCAUGAUCUAUUCCAACAGUGUUAUUAUCUGUUCUCAUAGGCAAAACCAUUAUAUUUGAUAUCAGUAGAUUGAGUUAUUUAAGAGACACUGCUUAUUGCACCCAACACCUAGUCAUGGUUAAGGAAUUUUUUAAGAGAUGGGCAUAUUAUAAAGUGAUUUAACUGCUGAUUUAUUUUCCAGCAACAGGCAUUACAUACUUUAAACUGUUCUCCUUAACCAUCUUUGUUG